AUCAAUACGAUUGCAUAUAAAACUGCAUCCGAUGCAACUGAAGCUACUAUUUGAGUCAUACCAUUGAGCUUGAAGAUACUACACAAUUCCAUCUCUAAAAGAAAAUGAUUUGUCGACUUGUGUGGUUGGCUUUGUUGUUUUAUGUUAACUUCGGAGAAUGUGGAGUAACCUUUGAGCAAGUACAGAAAACUGGUGAAAUGGUAAGAAGUGUAUGCCAACCAAGGAUUAAAAUAUCAACUGAGAUGAUAGAUGGCAUAAGAAAAGGCAAAUUUCCAGAGGACAAACUUCUGAAGUGCUAUAUACACUGUGUAAUGGAAAUGACUGGAAUCAUGAAGAAAAACAAGGUGAACUACGAGGCAGCAGUGAAAACAAUGGAAAAACUUUUAAGUGACGAUUUGUUGGAAGAGAAUAAAAGCGCUUUAACGAAAUGCAAAGACAGUGCUACUGGAAUUAAAGACAAUUGUGAGGCCGGCUUUGCACUCGUGAAAUGCAUAUACAACAACCGAAAUAUGAACAGGGAAGAAUUUCCAUUUCUGAAAAUGAAUCAUAGACACUGUCUCUGCUUGGCCUUAUUGCUUUGCGUAAUGUUUUUCGGCGUGGAAUGUGGUGUAACGAUGGAGCAAUUGGAAAAAACGUCUGGCAUGGUACGAAGUGUAUGCCAACCGAGAACGAAAAUUGCAACCGAAAUGGCAGACGGAAUUACACAAGGCAAAUUUCCUGAAGAUAAAGCUCUGAAGUGCUAUAUGCAAUGUGUGUUGGAAAUGACUGGAAUCAUGAAGAAAAACAAACUAAACUAUGAGGCAUCUCUGAAGCAAAUGGAUAAGCUACUACCAGACGACAUUGUGGAAGAAAAUAAAAAUGGUAUAACGCACUGCAAAGAUGCUGCUAAUGGAGUAAAGGACGCCUGCGAAGCAGCAUACAUAUUAGUUCAAUGUAUGUACAAAAACAACAAAAAGUUCACGUUUGCUUAAUUUCUUAACCGAAAAUAGAACAAUGGCCUGAACUUCGCAUAUAGACCGGAUAUCAUAUCAAACUAUCUCUUGUUUCAACUUAUUUAUCUGAGUUAAAUAAAGAAAUUUUUCG